GUUCGUUUUGAAUUAUAAAAUUAAAAAAUCAUAUUGAUUGCUGAGGCUCUAUGUUGAUUGCAUUACAAUUUUCAACAUUAUAUAAAAAAAUUGAGAUCAGAGAUUAAAGUGCCAAUAAGAAUGAAUUCUAUUACAACUUUUGAAACAAUUAUCGGCUCGGAUUUACCUUUAAACCUAACUAACCAAAAAAGUGAGGAAAGUCUUAAUGAUUCAGAUAGGUGGUAUUAUAUAGAUAAAGAUAUGAUUUCGGCAAAACUUACUUACUUUUUUAGAGGAUUAGAGAGAUCAUCAAUUGCACCUUAUCUUACCAUGUUCUUUAUAAGUAUUGGUUUAAAUUUAAAACAAGUUGGGUACGUGUUUUCUUUUUCUUAUGCUGGUUUAAUGUUAGGGAGCGUUUUUUGGGGAGUAGUAGCCGACAAAACUCGUGCUUAUCGAGUUCUUUUAUUAAUUUUAUGCAUUUUUUCUGCUUUAACUACAUUAUCGAUUCCGUUGGUAAGUGCACAAAUUGGAGAAAAAGAAAAAAACCAAUGUCCUUUAUUAUUAAACAAAUGUUGUUUUAACAGCACCGUGAACAUUUCUAAAAAUAGAACAUCUAAGGAUAAUACAUCAGUAUCCUCAACAACUAUGAGCAUUGUUAUGGCAAACUUAGGAUUUUUGGCUUUUUCAUUUAGUGGAACUAUUAGCAGUUAUAUUGAUGGAGGAGUCAUUUGGAAAAUUAAAAUGUCAACAAAAAAAAGAGAUUUUGGUAGGCAGUAUAUGUUUUUAAAUAUUGGUUUUGCAUGUGGAGCCUUAAUUUCAGCAGAAGUGAUGAAUAUAUUUCCAAAAGUAGACCUUUCAUGUUAUUUUGCCGUGUUUUGCGUUAAUGUUGUAAUUAUUAUAGCUUCGUGCAUCAGUUCUCAAUAUUUGUACAAAAAUACAAAAUUACCAUCGCAAAAAGAAGUUAGAUCUGAUUCAUUUCAAAAAGAUCUUUUCAAAACAUUGUCAACCUUUGAAGUUGAUCUUUUUUUAGCAACAACCUUUGUUAACGGGUUAUUAUAUUCCAUAUACUUAGGUUAUUUUUUUUUGUUUAUGAAAGAAAUUAAAUCUACAAAUCUUUUAGUUGGUUUAACAGUAGCGUUUGGAUCAACAUCUGGUAUGAUUGUAAAUUUUUUUAAUGAAUUAGUUAUAAAAUUAUUUAGAGGAACAUUUAACACCAUGAUUAUAUGCACAUUUCUUUGGUCGGUUCGUUAUUUUAUUUUCUACUUCUUAAAGAAUCCUUGGUUAAUCAUACCAUUACAACUUACUCUUCAUGGUUUAAGUGUAUCGCUAUUUUUAAGUGUUAAGUCAGUUUAUUUAAAAAAAAAAGCUCCAAACAGUAUCCAUAAUACAAUGUUUGGAAUUGUUCAAUGUUUGUAUAGUGGUGUAUCAAUGAUUGUAGGAAGUUUAAUUGGAGGUCAAUUGUAUUUUGCGUAUGGUGCUCGAUUAACAUUUUUAUAUUCUUGCUUUUUUGCUCUAGGGUGGACAUCGUUUUUAUGUGUUUACAUAAUUGCAAUAAAACUAUGGAAAAUAAAUGUUGGUAAAAAGCCCAACUCGACUUGCAUGUUAAAUACUACAAUUAAUAUAGGUGCCCAAGAAGACCUAACGGUCUUGUCAAAGAGCACCGCGGAAAUGCAUUUAAAUAGGAAGUUUAUACCUCCUUCCUUAUCGUGACGCAAAAAUAUGUUCAGAAUUCGUUUCGAA